AUCCACGCAUCUAUUUUCCUGAACUAACUAGGAAGCAUUACGUCGAACACCUUAUGUUCAUGGUCCAAAAUAAAGCCCUAAUUAAUUUUGUUUUUUAGCAUUUUCUAUACGAAUUUCUUGGCGGUUCAUAGAUUUUAUAUUCAUUUCUUGAUUUCACAAUCAUAUUCUAGCUCAAUCCGCCUCUGAUUUCUGAAAUAUUCUCCGUUUUCACCCCACAUUUCGUCCUCACCAAACAAACAACAAUUUGUUACAAUUUCACUUGAUCUUGGCUCUAAUUCCUGAAAUUCAUCCCCCAAAUCCCAAAUCGGAACCAUUUUAUUGAAUACCCCCCGUUUAAUUUCUAGAAAUUUCAGGAAUGGGAAAACAGAGUGGUGUUGAAUCUGAUUAUGAGCAAUUGGGGGAUGUGGGGUUAACAAAAGGGAAGAAAUUGUGGAAAAAAGUGAAAUAUCAGCUGGUUGAAUACCACUCGUUACCUGCAUAUAUGAAAGAUAAUGAAUUUAUAUUAGGUCAUUAUCGUGCAGAGUGGCCUCUGAAGCAGAUUUUUUUGAGUAUCUUUACCCUGCAUAAUGAGACCCUUAACGUUUGGACACAUCUUAUUGGGUUCUUCCUGUUCCUUACCCUAACAAUUUAUAGCGUGAAGAUGAUCCCGGAUGUUAAUCUUCCAACACUUAAAAAUUUUCCGGAUGUGCAUAAACUUCGUGAAGAUCUUUUGACUUGUAUCCCUUCUUUACCGGAUUUGCACAAAAUUCGUUCGGAGAUUAAGACAUCUUUCCCUUCUAAUUGGCAUAUUGUGGAGCUUCUUUGUAAUUGUUUGCCUGAACGGUUCUCGCAUAGCAACCAUACCGAUGCUUGCGUUCUGCAUAGUAUGAAGGAGGAUUUAGCUAACAUAAUCGCACCAUUAGUGACCCGACCCAUAACCCGAUGGCCAUUCUUCGCGUUCUUAGGUGGAGCCAUGUUCUGCCUCUUAGCAAGCAGCUUAUGCCACCUCCUCUGCUGCCACUCGAAACGCCUAUCCUACAUCAUGCUCCGCCUCGAUUACGCAGGCAUUGCCGCCUUAAUCUCCACCUCAUUCUACCCACCCGUCUACUACUCCUUCAUGUGCCACCCGUUCUUCUGCAAUCUUUAUCUCGGAUUCAUAACCGUUCUCGGAAUCGCCACCGUCAUGGUCUCGCUUCUACCCGUGUUUGAUCGACCCGAGUAUCGUAGCAUCCGGACCGGUCUGUUUCUCGGGAUGGGGUUAUCAGGGGCCGGACCGAUAUUUCACAAACUCGUAUUGUUUUGGAACCAACCCGAGGCUGUACAUACGACUGGGUAUGAGAUCUUGAUGGGUUUGCUUUACGGGAUGGGUAGUUUGAUCUAUGCAACGAGGAUACCGGAGCGGUGGAUGCCGGGGAAAUUUGAUAUCGCGGGUCAUAGUCACAAUCUUUUUCAUGUGUUUGUGGUGGCGGGAGCGUACACGCAUUACCGGGCCGGGCUGGUGUAUCUGAAAUGGAGGGAUCUUGAAGGGUGUUAGAUGGUGAAGAAGUGUUUGCAAUAAAAAUAUGCCGUAAGGUACUAGUGUUUGUUGUAGAGAUUAAAGGGUCUGUAGCAGGAAUAAAAUGGAAGUUUUAUGGACCUUGGAAAAACUAUGUUAUAUAUAUAGUUUCCUACUUUCCUUCGCUCGUUAA